AACAAACAAAAAUAAAUAACCAGCAAGUUUUAAUAUAUAACGUGUCUAAGAAAAUCCUGACAAGCAAAAAUAUAAAGAAAUUUAAUACGCUUGCGAAACAUUCAUGUGACUUUAAGCACACACACUAUGAUCACGUAUAUCACAUGAUACUUAAAGUUUGUAUAUAAAAGGAAAAUACAGUAUUUAAAAACAGUUUGAUAUAGAGAAAGUUUGUGGGACUUAAACGAUUAAAGCCUCUGAAAACUUUGCACUUGGUAACUUUGGUUUCGCCAUAAUGAAGGUUUUCUGUGCAUUAUUGUUGUUGGGUGUGACUCUUGCUUAUACCAUUGAAAGGCCUGUUAAAGAUGAAUCUUGGAUUCAAUGGAAAAUGUAUCACAACAAAGUAUAUAGCCAUGAUGGUGAAGAAACCGUUAGAUACACGAUCUGGAAAGAUAACGAAAGACGUAUUAGGGAACACAAUUUAAAAGGUGGAGAUUUUCUUUUAAAGAUGAAUCAGUUUGGUGACAUGACAAAUAGCGAGUUCAAAGCAUUUAAUGGUUAUCUCUCUCACAAACACGUUAAUGGUUCAACAUUUUUAACUCCAAAUAAUUUUGUUGCUCCUGAUACAGUUGAUUGGAGAAACGAAGGAUAUGUUACCCCAGUUAAAGACCAAGGUCAAUGCGGUUCAUGCUGGGCUUUUAGUACCACUGGAUCACUUGAAGGACAACACUUCAAAAAGACUGGUAAACUUGUUAGCCUUAGUGAACAAAAUCUAGUUGACUGCUCUACUGCCUACGGUAACAAUGGGUGCAAUGGUGGUUUGAUGGAUAAUGCCUUUACCUAUAUUAAGGAAAACAAAGGCAUAGACUCUGAAGCUUCUUAUCCAUACACUGCAGAGGAUGGAAAAUGCGUUUUCAAAAAACCAUCUGUUGCUGCAACUGAUACAGGAUUUGUAGAUUUACCUGAAGGAAAUGAAAAUAAAUUAAAGGAAGCAGUUGCCUCAGUUGGACCUAUCUCUGUUGCAAUUGAUGCAAGCCACGAGUCAUUCCAAUUUUACAGUUCUGGAGUCUAUAAUGAACCAAGUUGCAGUUCAACAGAAUUAGACCACGGUGUGUUAGUUGUCGGAUAUGGGACUGAAUCUGGCAAAGAUUAUUGGCUUGUAAAAAACAGUUGGAAUACAUCAUGGGGAGAUAAGGGUUAUAUUAAAAUGCGUCGAAACGCAAAAAACCAAUGUGGAAUUGCAACCAAGGCUAGUUAUCCAUUAGUUUGAUGAGAAAAAAACUCUUUCAUUUUUGUAAUAGUGUUUUUUCAAAUAAAUAAAUUUUCAAGA